AUAGAAAACUGCCCUAUUCAUAACAUGUGAAAGUCAUGAAAACUCUCUCUUCAUUCAAGAUUCUUUGGGUGGGCUCAGCUAGUGUUGAAAUUUUAAACUUGAAUUUCAGCUUUAAGCUUUUAUCUUCUUCAUCUGUUUGUUAGGUGGAGCUUGUUUUCUUGCAGACAUGGUGAUGGGCUUGAUUUCUUGAAGAUAUGGUGAUGUGGAUUUCUCCUCAAAAAGGCCAGUAGUUGGCUGCUAGCUAGUAGAGAGAUGGGGGUCCAUGUAUGGCUGAGGAGAGCCUUUCUGUUGGCCAUUUCUUGCAUAUGGGUGCCUCUGGCAGUCCUUGGAGGGAAUGAAAACGACACUGUUCCUUCGUCUUCUAGGCCGAAGGAGGUGAACGUUGGGGUUAUGUUCACAGUCCAUUCGGUUAUUGGCGAGUCUGUGAAGCCUGCCCUGGAAGCUGCAGUGGAUGAUGUCAAUUCUGAUUCGACCAUUCUCAAUGGCACUAAGCUGAACGUCAUAAUGCAUGAUACUAAUUGCAGUGGAUUCAUUGGAAUGAUUGAUGCUCUGCAGGUGAUGGAAAGCAACAUAGUUGCUGCAAUUGGGCCGCAAUCCUCAGGAAUAGCGCAUGUAAUAUCGCAUAUAGUGAAUGAGCUUCAAGUCCCGCUUUUAUCAUUUGGGGCAACAGACCCGAGCCUCAAUUCUCUGCAGAACCCUUUCUUUCUGCGCACUGUCACGAAUGAUCGCUUCCAAAUGCUGGCUGUGGCUGAUCUCAUAGGUUACUUUGGAUGGAAGGAGGUGAUUGCCAUAUUUGUUGAUGAUGAUAACGGAAGAAAUGGGAUAUCUGUUCUGGGUGAUGCUCUUGCUGCGAAACGUGCCAAGAUUUCUUACAAGGCAGCCUUAGCCCCCGGAGCCACCAGAGAAGAUAUCAAUACCUUGUUGUUCAAUGUGAACAUGAUGGAAUCGCGAGUUUAUGUGGUGCAUGUAAAUCCCGAUUCUGGGCUAAAUCUUUUCUCGGAAGCAAAGAGUCUGAAUAUGAUAUCAAGUGGCUAUGUCUGGAUUGCUACAGAUUGGCUUCCUUCUGUUUUAGACUCUUCACAAACAGUCAAUCUCGAGACAAUGGAUCUCCUCCGCGGGGUAGUUGCUCUUCGCCAUCACACGCCUGAUUCGGAUCAGAAGAAAAAGUUUGCAUCGCGAUGGAGAAGUUUCAGUGAGAAAGAAGCCUCGGGGUUUAAUUCGUUUGCUCUCUAUGCUUAUGACUCAGUGUGGCUACUUGCAAGAGCUCUUGAUGUUUUCUUCAGUGAAGGUGGAAGUGUGACCUUUUCGAGUGACCCCAGAUUGAGUAAUACCAAAGGCAGUGCCCUCCACUUGACAUCUCUCAACAUCUUUGAUCAAGGCCAGAAGUUGCUUGACAUCCUUACCAGAGUGAACUUCACAGGUCUUACUGGUCAGGUUCAGUUUGAUGCAGAGAAGAACCUGAUUCAUCCUGCAUUCGAUAUCCUCAACAUUGCUGGGAAUGGAUCGCGCAUGCUAGGCUACUGGUCGAACUAUACUGGCCUCUCGGUAGUUGCUCCAGAGAUUCUAUACGCGAAACCUCCAAACACUUCAACCAGCAAUCAGCAUCUGGACAGUCCUACAUGGCCUGGGAAAACUACAGCACUGCCUCGAGGGUGGGUAUUCCCUGACAACGGGAAUCCAUUGCAUAUCGCAGUGCCAUUUCGCGUCACAUUUCAAGAGUUUGUAAGUAAAGAUGAUGGACCUUUAGGGGUGAAGGGAUACUGCAUUGACAUAUUUGAAGCUGCUAUAGAGUUGCUGCCUUACCCUGUUCCUCAUGUCUAUGUUCUGUAUGGAGAUGGCAAAAGGAACCCCUACUUCAACAACCUUGUGAACGACGUUGCACAAAAUAAAUAUGAUGCAGGUGUUGGGGAUAUUACCAUAACUAUGAACCGGACUAGGAUUGUGGACUUCACGCAACCUUUUAUGGAAUCUGGACUAGUUGUAGUUGUGCUUGUCAAAGAGAGUAAAUCCAGUCCGUGGGCAUUCCUCCAGCCAUUUACAGUGGAAAUGUGGUGUGUCACCGGCCUUUUCUUUUUCUUCGUUGGAGCUGUUGUUUGGAUUCUUGAGCAUCGGAUCAACCAUGAGUUUCGUGGUCCACCUAGCCAGCAAAUUGUUACAGUCUUCUGGUUUAGUUUGUCAACAAUGUUCUUCUCACACAGGGAGAACACGGUGGGCACUCUAGGACGUUUGGUGCUGAUUCUGUGGCUCUUUGUGGUUUUAAUCAUAAACUCGAGUUAUACAGCUAGCUUGACAUCGAUCCUCACAGUGCAGCAACUCGCAACAGGGAUUCAAGGGAUUGACAGUUUGAUAUCGAGCUCUGAUCCCAUAGGAAUCCAGGAUGGAUCUUUUGCAUACAGAUAUCUCAUUGAAGAGAUGAAUGUUGCAGAGUCCCGGCUGCGCAUACUGAAAACUCAAGACGAGUAUAUCCAAGCCCUCAACAGAGGUCCACGAGGGGGCGGGGUUGCUGCCAUAGUUGAUGAGCUACCUUACAUUGAGGUUUUCUUGUCCAGCACCAACUGCAAUUACAGGAUUGUUGGGCAGGAGUUCACCAAGAGUGGAUGGGGCUUUGCAUUUCAAAGAGACUCCCCUCUGGCUGUAGAUAUGUCAACUGCAAUCCUGCAACUCUCUGAGAAAAGAGAACUCCAAAAAAUCCACGACAAAUGGCUCCCCAGAGAUGAUUGCGCGAUCCAAGACAACCAAAUUGAUGACAACCGGCUUUCCCUCAAGAGUUUCUGGGGCCUGUUUCUGAUCUGCGGUGUGGCUUGCUUCAUUGCUCUUCUGUUGUUUUCCUGCAGGGUGUGCUGGCAGUAUCGCAGGUAUACACCCGAGGCUAGGGAACAGGAGAUCCCUGCUACGCCUGAGCCCGGGCCAUCCGACAGCUGCAGCCUUCAAGGCCUGAUCAAAUUUGUUGAUCAAAAAGAAGCUGAAAUUAAAGAAAUCCUGAAAAAGAAGGCCACUAGUGAAAACAAGCCACAACUUACUCAAAGCUCAGAUGUGCAGGAAAGUGCACCCUGAGAAUGACAUUCAGCAGGCUUUGUCACACUUGUUUUUGUACAUGAUCCAUACAAUUCCUUGCACUCAUCUAAUCACUGCCCCAUGUCACAUCAGAUUUGUUCUGUAGGGAUAGCAGAAUGUGUUUACACCUUUGUAGGAAAAUAUAGAUGAAACUGGCAAAAAGAUUUGUAAUUUUGGUUGGCAAGGUGCACAAGAUUCCUGCAUCAGACAAGUCAAAACUGGGAAGAACUGCCUUGAUGUUUCACAGGGAAUGGUUUCUGUUUCUUCUUGGGAAGAGAAUGAUUUGUACAUUGUAGAUUCAAUCAAACAUGAAUGUUCAACAACAAAAUGAAAUCAUGAAUAAGAGUCAUUAAGUUGUCAA